CAGGGGCAUGCAUUGAUUCGCUAACAUUCGCUCUAAAGACUUGCCAAGCCCUCUGUGUGGUCAAGUAGUUUGCUGCUCUGUAUUGUUGUAAUAAAAUCUUAGCUGAGACAAGGAUUCCCAACACAACUCGUCAAGUUUUAUCCAUAACGAAAAACACACAAACUAGUGUCGAGUUACGCGUUAAGGAUUAACGAUUGAUCUGGAAAAACGCCAACGCAAAAGUUCAACGUGCUGUGAUUGGAGAGUUCUUCAGUUUAGCUAAAUUCUAGACGCAAACAGAGUUCAGUACCAGGAGCGCAAUCGUCAGGCAAUUAAGCAGUGAAAGUGAUCAAUUUCGAGUGCUUAUUUGCAAAACAAAAUAAAAACAAAAUCAACAAAUCCCAAAUAGUAUUCAAAGUGCUAUACUUUGCAUAAAUUUUUGAGAAAUUUUCAUUAAACUUUAUUAAAAACCCAACAACAACAACAACACAAAACACAAAAUGAUGGCCGUUGCAGCUGCUCAAAAGAAUCGCGAAAUGUUCGCCAUUAAGAAAUCCUACAGUAUUGAGAAUGGGUAUCCAUCCCGUCGCCGCAGCCUUGUGGACGAUGCUCGCUUCGAGAGCAUCGUGGUCAAGCAGAACAAACAAACGGUGCUCGAGGAGGCACGCAGCAAGGCGAACGAUGCCUCGCUUGAGGAGUGCAUUCAGCAGGCAAAGGGCGAGCAUGUGCCCGCCGAGCAAAAUGUUGAGCUGCAGGAUGAGCAGCCCAACUUGGAGCUGCCGCUGGAGGAUGAAUAUGUUGCAGUUAAUGACAUUGAAACUGAGGCAACAGUUGAAGAUUGCGCUGAGCAGGAGUCAGCCGAUGAUGAAGCGCCCCCAAAGAACGAUUAUGGCCUCACCGAGGACGAGAUUGUUCUGGCUAAUGCCGCCUCCGAGUCGCCAGAGGCGGAGGCCGCUGUCCAGAGCGCCGCCCUUGUGGUGCGCCUCAAGGAGGGCAUCUCGUCGCUGGGUCGCAUCCUCAAAGCCAUCGAGACAUUCCACGGCACCGUCCAGCAUGUGGAGUCGCGUCAAUCGCGCAUCGAGGGCGUCGGCCACGAUGUGCUCAUCAAGCUGGACAUGACGCGCGGCAAUCUGCUGCAGCUGAUCCGCUCGCUGCGCCAGUCGGGCUCGUUCAGCAGCAUGAACUUGAUGGCCGAGAACAAUAUCAGCGUGAAGGCGCCCUGGUUCCCCAAGCACGCCUCCGAGCUGGACAACUGCAACCAUCUGAUGACCAAAUAUGAGCCCGAUUUGGACAUGAACCAUCCCGGCUUCGCCGACAAGGUCUAUCGCCAGCGCCGCAAGGAGAUUGCCGAGAUUGCGUUCGCUUUCAAAUACGGCGAUCCUAUUCCUCACAUCAACUACACCGAGGUGGAGGUCAAGACCUGGCGCUCGGUGUUCCGCACCGUUCAGGAUCUGGCGCCUAAGCAUGCCUGCGCCGAGUAUCGUGCCGCCUUCCAGAUGCUGCAGGAUGAGAAAAUCUUUGUCGAUCAUCGUCUGCCCCAGCUGCAGGAAAUGUCCGAUUUCCUGCGCAAGAACACUGGCUUCACUCUGCGCCCGGCUGCCGGUCUGCUAACAGCCCGUGACUUCCUCGCCUCGCUGGCCUUCCGCAUCUUCCAGAGCACCCAGUAUGUGCGUCACGUCAACUCGCCCUUCCACACGCCCGAGCCCGAUACCAUUCACGAGCUGUUGGGUCACAUGCCGCUGCUGGCCGAUCCCAGCUUUGCCCAGUUCUCGCAGGAGAUUGGCUUGGCCUCGCUGGGCGCCUCUGAUGAAGAAAUCGAGAAGCUCUCCACGGUCUACUGGUUCACUGUUGAGUUCGGUCUCUGCAAGGAACACGGCCAGGUCAAGGCCUACGGCGCCGGUCUGCUGAGCGCCUACGGUGAGCUGUUGCACGCCAUUAGCGACAAGUGCGAGCAUCGCCCAUUCGAGCCGGCAGCCACAGCUGUGCAGCCGUACCAGGAUCAGGAAUAUCAGCCCAUCUACUAUGUGGCCGAGAGUUUCGAGGAUGCCAAGGAUAAGUUCCGUCGCUGGGUCAGCACCAUGUCGCGUCCGUUCGAGGUGCGCUUCAAUCCACACACCGAGCGCGUCGAGAUCUUGGACUCCGUUGACAAGCUGGACACAUUGGUCCAUCAAAUGAAUACGGAGAUUCUGCACUUGACCAAUGCCAUUCACAAGCUGCGGCGUCCAUUCUAGAGCGAAGACUCUACGAAGCCCCAUUCACAAUAACAGCGAACCACAGCAAUCCCUCCCAAGCAUAUACAGGUGCAACGGUCUCAUUUUAUACAAAUUAAUUUUAAAUUGACAUACCACCAUACACACACACUCACGCGCACAAUUACGCAUGUAUUACCCUGGAAAAUAAUGCUGAUGUGAAAAGCGUUUUAGAUGAAUAUUUUCAGUUUUCCUUUUGGCUUAUUUUCCCAAGUUCACCUUCCACCUCCACUUUGUGCAUUGCAUAUUUAUUAUCCCAACUAAAUAUUAUUGGACCAAAAAAUCGUUAGACUUUUAAGAUGCCACACCCACCCACAUGCACACGCACACGCACACGCACACAUGCACAUCCACACAGAUUAUACUCAGUCCACAUAUUGUUUUUUUCGUAUUAUUUUUUUCAUAUAAUUAUUUACUUGAAAU